UCUAUCGAGUUUCUAAACCUUCAUCCAAUUGUGCAAUUUCCUACCAUCAUAUCGUUUUUAUUUUUUUAGCAUGUUGUUUAUUUUUAAAAAAUAAAUGAGAAACAUGUUUUGCCUUAGGAUUCCUGCAGGGGAAAAUGAGAAAAAAAAAAUUUUUUUUUGAGAAAAAGAUGAAAGAAAUAACAAACGUGUUUGCUCAUGAACCAUUUUUGCUGGCGAACCACUUCCUCUUCACUGGUUGCAAGUUUCAAACCAAAUAUCCAAUCUUUCUGAGAACUAUUGCAAGGCGCUAGCAUGACAGUGGCAGCAUUCGCUUUGAGUUCUCUCUCUUCGUCUCCUCUCCGGGUUCGCUCCUUCAAAGAAGAUCUCCGAGGCCAGAGAGUUGCAGUUGUUGGUUUGGGGAACUCUGGCAGGGCUGCUAUAGAUCUUGCACUUGCUAGAGGUGCUUCUGUUUUGGCAAUUGACAAGAAUGAACAGUUGAUGCCACUGGAGAAUGAUAGUCAAUUUUCUGGAAAUGCAUGUCUGCAAACAAUUCUUGGACAUUGUGAUACUUCGCUUCUUGCUAAUGCUGAUAGGAUUGUUGUUUCUCCUGGAGUUUCUCUUGAAGAGUUUGGCCUGUCAACACUACUUCAAUCAGGAAGGCGUGUGAUGUCUGAGUUGGACUUUGCUUCUGAGCCGUUGCCAGAAAGCAUCAAGAUUUUGGCAAUCACUGGAACAAAUGGGAAAUCCACUGUGACCAACUUCGCCGGGCAGAUGUUACAUAACGUAGGAAUCGAGGCUUUUGUUGGAGGAAACCUUGGCACACCGCUGUCAAAAGCUGCCAAGCAAUGUUUAGAAGCACCCACUCAAAGACAACCAUAUCAGGUUGCUGUGGUGGAGGUUAGCAGCUACCAAAUGGAAAUUCCAAAUCAGCAUUUCUCUCCUUCUGUUGCAGUGGUCUUAAACCUUACUCCCGAUCAUCUUGAGAGACAUAAAACAAUGGAAAACUAUGCUCUUAUGAAAUGCAGCCUUUUUUCUCAUAUGAAGGAUGGUAGACUAGCGGUCCUUCCACAAGGGAACGAUUUCAUAAAUGAUGCUUUCGGCAAAAAAGCGAGGGAGUGCAAUGUUGCCUGGAUAGGGGAUUUGCCAGGCAUCAAAGUGGAUGCAGCAGCUAAGGUUGCUACCUUCAAAUUCCCCUCUUCUGAGCUUGUGACUAAUCUGCAAUUGGGAACUCUGAAGGCAAUGGGAACCCACAACUUCAUUAAUGCUGCAGUCGCUGCAUUUUCAGUUCUUGGAUUAGAUGUUGGGAUCGAUAAUGACUCCAUUCAUAAUACAAUUGAAAGCUUGACUUUACUCCCUCAUCGAAUGCAAAUUGUGUGCAGGGAUGCUCACGGGGUAACAUGGGUUGACGACAGUAAGGCAACAAAUGUUGAAUCAACAUUCACUGGAUUGAUGGGUCUCAAGGAACAUAAAUUGGUCGUGCUUCUUGGUGGCCUUGCGAAGGUGAUGAGUGGUAAUGUUUCAAACGGCUUUGAAAAGUUAGUUGAACUUUUGAAUGACCAUAGAGGUGUUAUCACUUUUGGAUCAUCAGGAGAAAUGAUUUAUAAGACCUUAUGCGACAGUGGACUUAGCACACCGUGUGUUCAAGCUACAAAUCUUGAAGGUGCAGUUAACUGUGCAAGAAGCAUGGCGAGAUCUGGUGAUACAGUUCUUCUUAGCCCGGGCUGUGCCAGCUUCGACGAAUUCAGAAACUUCGAACAUCGUGGCCAAGUCUUUCAGAAACUGGCACUUUCAUCAUCGGAGACAUUGCCACUUCCUCUUUAAAGGCCAAAACAUUAGAAUUCAGAGAAUCCAUUGCAAAUUGUGUUGCGGAAUUGUUU